CUCCUCUAUAAAUGCAGCAGGGAGCGCACAUCUGGCUGCAGUGAGGCGUGGUUGCUCAGAUCUGACAGGUGGCCAAGGAUCAGGACCUGCUUUUCUCCUACACACAAACACAACAGCAGCAAGAUGCCAAAGUGCCCAAAGUGCCAGAAGGAGGUUUACUUCGCUGAGAGGGUGACGUCACUGGGGAAGGACUGGCACAGGCCAUGUCUGAAGUGUGAGAAGUGCAACAAGACGCUGUCUGCUGGCUCACAUGCGGAGCAUGAAGGCAAGCCGUACUGUAACAAACCCUGCUAUGCUGCAAUGUUUGGACCUAAAGGGUUUGGACGUGGUGGUGCCGAGAGCCACACCUACAAAUAGACAGGGCGAAGCAUCGCGGCGUGAACGCUUUGUGGGAACAAGAUUGAAGAAACCAAACCUCUCAGACAAUGGAACACCUCUAAACAAAUCGCUCGCUUCCAUGCGGGGAACCAAUUUGAAUGCAUUUGCUUUUGUUUGACCUGUUUUAGGCCAUUUUGGGGGUUUUUUUAUUUUGUAAUUUUAUGUUAAGUCAUGGUGACAUUGUCCUUUGGCUUCCACUUUUCCAAUGAAACAUUAUGAAAUUUGUGUCUUUGAUUUUUCUUUAUUUUGUGUCUUUUUUUUUUUUGUUUUGUAAAGAAAAGUUCUGACAGUUUUUCCACUUAAGCAAAGUUUCACAUCAAAUGACAAUUAUAGUAGAGCACUGUCAUAAAAUAUAUAUGACUUUUUUAAUGUUGAAGCCUAGUUUCUUAAAAAUAAAACCCUGGACAUGGCACCGCCA